UUCAAGACAAUAGGAAGAGGAGGUCAAAUACUGUGUAUGAGUUUCUGAAACGUGAGGCUACCUCCAGCGAGAGUAAACAGUUAGGUAAAGGUCCGAUAGAGUCUUUAACCUAUCUAAAAAGUAUUACGGUUCAUGCUAGGAAAUACAAGUAGUGUUGUUGCGGUGUAUAUUAGUUUGUCUGCAGCUCAACACGAAGAGAGCCAACGGAGAGAGGUAGCUAAUGCUAAUGUUACAUGUCGCGUGUUCGCUCACUUUUGCACAGGCAGCGUAACUACCGCCAUUAAAUUGUGAGCAUUUCUUCUUCUAGUCAACCUUAGUGAUAAUGCUUGGCGUUUCUCUGCAGAGCAUUAGUUCAGACUGUAAAGGUCAUUAGCCACGCUUGCUUCUGCACAUUGCUAUCUGUAGUGUUUCUCUCGUCUUCGGGACCUUGUGUCACGGUCACAGCUGUCAUGCUUCACUCCGUGCCUCGACGUCCAAUUUGUGAGAUGAGCGUGGCCUUGAGGCUCCAGGGCUGCAGGUCAUUUCGGCAUGCGGUCGAAGAGGGCAGAGGGAAGCUGGAAAAGGUGCCGUGGCUGGGCAGGAACGUGGGCCUGCUGCUGUCCUGGCUCCAGAGGGCAGAAACGGGUGCCAGCCAAGCCACGGGUCAGAAGAAGAAGGGCUUGCUCUCCAUAUUCGCGGACCAUUGUGGCUUUGUGACCGGUCAGAGACUCCGGCGCGCGUGCCAGAUAUGCGAGCUGUACUCGAACCUUUAUUCGGAGCGAACCAGGUGGACCCUGGUCGGCAACAUUUGGCGGAGAUUUCAGAGCAAGCACGCCCCUACUGGAAAACUGGUGGCGGCCCUGGCAGGGGUCUUCAUGUGGGAGAACGAGAAGAUUCAAGAUGAGGAAUUACGCAGGUGUGGCCUUGAGCUGCAGGCCCUUGAAACUGUAAAACGUCACCACACAUCUUCAGACUCCCUGAAUGAACAUCUGGAAGCUGGCUGGGAAGCUGUGGUAGAGAAGAAAGAUUUCAGAGUGUGGAAGCGACCUAUUCCCGACAGUCACCUCUAUGAAUACAGAGUAUUGGGUUCCUACUGUGAUGUCACGCCAAGACAGUUCUUCAAUGUACAGUUGGACACAGAGUAUAGGAAAAAGUGGGAUUCUUUGGUUAUCAAGCUUGACGUGGUGGACAGAGAUGCCAACACAGGCUCAGAAGUGGUGCACUGGGCAACACACUUUCCUUAUCCGCUGUAUUCGAGGGACUAUGUGUAUGUGCGUCGUUAUGAAGUUGACAUUGACAAUAACCUGAUGAUCUUGGUAUCCAGAGCUGUGCAGCAUCCUAAAGUCCCAGAGACGCAGGACUUUGUGAGAGUCCACGCAUACCAGUCCAAAAUGGUCAUUCGCCCUCAUAAGUCCUUUGACGAGAAUGGAUUUGAUUACCUUCUGACCUACAGUGACGACCCACAGACUGUGUUUCCCCGUUACUGUGUGAGCUGGAUGGUGUCAAGUGUGCACGUUCCUUACCCCGUUUCUGUGUCCCUCUCCCUCAACUCCAUGUCAGGUAUGCCAGAUUUCCUUGAGAAGCUGCAUACUGCUGCUCUGCGGGCCAAAAACUUAGAAGUUGGGGUUCACGACUACACGGGUGUCAUUAAAUCCAGCGACUCCAACCGGCAGCCAGGCCAGGAGCGCCUCAGUGGAGAAAAGGCACACACAGGUGGUUCUGGGCAGAUCUACGCUUGA